AUGAGUGCCGGGGUGCUCCGCGCAAGGAAGCCGAGAUCACCCAGCAGCACCCCAGCAGGGAUGAGCUGGACCCCAACAGCAGCCCAGCAGAGCAGGCCCAUGUUCUCCAGGCCCCGGACAUCAUUCCUCAUCCAAGACAUCCUCUGGGAUGGGGCAGAGCGGGGAGCGCGGCCGGAGCGGGGCAGGAGCGGAGGGUUUGGCAGCCCAGAGGACGGGGAGCCUGGGGUGACCCCGACGGAGGGGAGCGAGGGCAGCUCGGCCCCGGGGGCUGCCCCAGUGCACCCCCCCAGGAGCCCUUGUUCCCCAGGAGCAUCGCAAGGCCGAGGGACACCCCACGAGGCGGACACAGAUGCCUACCUGUCCGAGUGUGACCCCCCCCUGCAACACCUGCCCGUCACCCAGUGCCCCCCCAAGCAGGCGAAGCGCUCGCGGGCGGCUUUCUCCCACACCCAGGUCAUCGAACUGGAGCGCAAAUUCAGCCACCAAAAAUAUCUGUCGGCCCCCGAGCGAGCCCACCUGGCCAAAAACCUCCAGCUCACUGAGACCCAGGUGAAAAUCUGGUUCCAGAACAGGAGAUACAAAACCAAGAGGAAACAGGUCGCUUCCGAAAUCAGCGGACUGGACACGCGCCUGCCCGGGCAGAAAGCGGCUGCGCUGCCCGGAGCGUCGCUGCUGGCACUACGGGCGGGCUGGCAGCACCUGCCUUACCUCUACUACUUGAACGGCUGGAGUCCCUCCUGGUGGUAA